AGCUUUGAUUUCCAUAGAAACGUCCACCUUUAUUAUCUAUUACCUAUGUCUCGAUAGAUACUUCAAGCUAUGCUAAGCUAACCCGCGUAGCUUCCUGGUUGUUCUACCUGUACAGUUCUGAUGUUUUACCUGUCAAGCAGUGUGUUUAUUUACCUGUAAAGUAGUGAUGUUUGUUGUUGUUUAUUUACCUGUGAAGUUGUGUUGUUUUACCAGUUUAGUGUGUAUUCUUUUACCUGUAAAGUUGUGAUGUGUUUGUCGUUGAAUUUGUUCUCGCAGUACCGCAGCACCAGGGACGUCUUCCCCACACAGCCUUCCCCCAGGAGAACCACCUUGAACGAGUAGGUUUUGCCGCCCGUCCCUCCGGCUGCCAUGGUUUGUUUUUCUUCUUAAAAUCUUUGUUUUUCUUGAAAUAAUCAAAACAACAAUUCAGCUAACGAUGCUAAUGCUAAUCCUGCGUAGCUUCACAUCAGCUUCCGACUUCAGAUAAAAUCAGGAGAGAAACGCCUCGACAGCAGAAGAGAAUCCUGGUUUUGUGAAUGUGUAUCACCAGGUGGAAGAUAACCGGGUGUAAAUGUGGAGCUGGUUCCGUUUUCUCUCCGAAGAGAAGCUGCUUAUCGCCCAAAACUAAUGGCGUCUCUGAGAGCUAGCUGUUAGCCGGCUAGCUGUGCCGAAGAUCGUCUCUGAACAAAAUGGUGUUUCACUUCGUUGUUUAAAAGUAAAAGAAGAAUCACUACCUAGGAGUUUUACGUAUACAAAUUUGACAAAUAUAAUGCCUAAUGUCAAAAUGAGCAAAACCUUCGACUUCUUAGGCAGUAAAUGCAACAUAUGCACUUAAUAUUUAUACUAAAAACAUUAUAUAUAUUAUUAAAUCACUGACAAGGAACAUCUCAGUCCGCAAGCAAAACGUAAGUACAUCUUGCUUGUACGAAUUUUAACUUGAUUCAGGUUUUAAAUGAAGCACAUUGACUUAUGCGGUAUUUUCACUGUGUUGUUUUUAAACGUUGUCUCUGAUACUCAGAAGUCACAGCGGAGUGAGCCCUCAGUUAUCUCCGCCUCUCUGCAGCGUCACGUGAUGACGUUUCACCGCUGUCACAUUGAGCUGCAGGGGGUUUCUGGUGUUAGACAAAUACAGAGGCCUUUGAGGAGGAACUGCAGAGGACAUGCCGGGUUGUGUGGCUUUGUUGGCUGCCUUUGCAUGCCUCUGGGCCGGUUUAAGGUGCUCCGAAGCCUCGGUGGAGCUCCGGAGCUCCGGGGAGGAGGAGAGGAGGACGCCGGUUGAGAGGGGGUUGUCUGGAGGAUGUCCUGCCCGCUGCCGGUGCUCUGUGGACGGGCUGCUGCACCGGGCGGACUGCGGUGACCUGGGUCUCCGGGAGACACCGAGCAACCUGAGCGUCUUCACCUCCUACCUGGAUCUCAGUAUGAAUAACCUGACGGCGCUGACGAGCGGAGCGCUGACUAACCUGCACUUCCUGGAGGAGCUGAAGAACAUGUCAGCCACCUGUUUUCAGUACAUUUCAAUUAGACGUUUGGCGGGAAAUGACCUGUCAAUCAUCCCCAGAGGAGCGUUCAGCGGCCUGUACAACCUCAAAGUGCUGAUGCUUCAGAACAACCAGCUGACGUCUGUCCCUGCUGAGGCCUUCAACAACCUGCACAACCUGCAGUCACUCCGCCUGGAUGCUAACCACAUCUCCAGCGUUCCCGCCGGCUGUUUCUCCGGCCUGCGCUCGCUUCGUCACCUGUGGCUGGACGAUAACUCUCUGACGGAGGUACCGGCGGCGGCGCUGAAGGAGCUGCCCGCCCUGCAGGCCAUGACCCUAGCUUUGAACCACAUCAGCCACGUCCCCGACCACGCCUUCAGCAAACUGGGCCGCCUGGUGGUGCUGCAUCUCAACAACAAUAGGAUCGUUUCCAUGGGAACGGACUGCUUCUACGGACUCCACAGUUUGGAGACGCUGGAUCUGAACUACAACAGUCUGGGCGAGUUUCCCACGGCGAUCCGUUCGCUGAAUCACCUGAAGGAGCUUGGUUUCCACAGUAACAACAUCCAGUCGAUCCCAGAGCAAGCCUUCACCGGGAACCCCUCACUCAUCACCAUAUUCUUCUACGACAACCCGAUCCAGUCUGUCGGACGAUCCUCCUUCCAGGACCUGCCUGAGCUGCGCACACUCUCUCUGAACGGGGCCGCAGAUCUCACGGAGUUCCCAGAUCUGACGGGAACCAAGAGCCUGGAGAGCCUGACUAUCACUGGAGCUCGGAUCACGUCUCUUCCCGGUUCUGUGUGUGAACAACUUCCAAACCUUCAGCUGCUAGAUCUCUCCUAUAAUCAGAUUCAGAGUCUGCCGAGCUUCUCCGGCUGUGAGAGCGUUCAGAAGAUUGAUCUGCACCAUAACGAGAUAGAGGAGCUGGAGGAGAACACCUUCCACGGACUGAUGUCACUGCGCUCGCUAGAUCUAUCCUGGAACAGAUUAUCUGCCGUGAAGCCGAACUGUUUCUCUGCUCUGCCCGCGCUCACCAAACUGGACCUGUCGUCCAAUCAGCUGUCGGCUCUGCCUCUGACUGGUCUGCAGAGUUUGACUCACCUCCGAUUGGCUGGAAACUCAGAGCUGAUGGAGCUGGUACCACGAGAGGAGCUACCCCGCGUCAGGGUGAUGGAGCUUCCUUACGCCUUCCAGUGCUGUGCCUUCGUCUCCUGUGAGAGGAGAGGUGCAUCAUGGGAGAAAGAGGAGACGGCGGACAUUGCGGGGAAAGAAACCUCUGUCCUCUCCGGCCAAGUGGACCAGGACUGGGAGGAUUUCCUGAUGGAGUUUGAAGACAAACCUAAACUUCAACACACAGUACACUGCAGCCCAGCACCAGGUCCGUUCCGCCCCUGCCUCCACCUGCUGGGCAGCUGGUUGGUCCGUGUGGGGGUGUGGCUGAUCGCUGCGCUCUCAUUGGUCAGCAACAGCCUGGUGGUCCUCUCCGUCUUCUUCUCCCCUGCAGCAUCGGUGACACCCCCCAAGCUGCUGAUUGGUCUGCUGGCUCUGGUGAACGGCCUGAUGGGAGUCUGGAGCGGGUGGCUGGCGGCGGUGGACGCCUGGACCUUCGGAAACUUCUGGAGGUACGGUGCGCGGUGGGAGAGCAGCUUCCUGUGUCGCCUCAGCGGCUUCCUGUGUGUGUUUGCAUCACAGACCGGCCUCUUCCUGCUCACCGUCGCAGCUCUGGAGCGAUGCAUGGCCGCCGCUGCCCCCCGACACAAACCUGACGGAGACAGCGGGCGCUCCUCCCCGCCGCUCUCCCUCCGUCUGUCCGUCUGCUCCUGCUUCCUGUUCGGCCUCUUCGUCACCCUCCCCCCCCUGGUGGUCGGUCACAGCAGCUCAUCCCUCUGCCUCCCCCAGCCCUCCUCUUCCUCCCUGGCCUUCUCCGUCUCCCUGGUGCUCCUCGACUCGCUGUGUUUCCUCCUCAUGACGCUUGCCUACACCCGCCUCUACUGCCGCCCGGACAAAGCCCCGCCCACCACCACAGAAGAAGAGGAGGCGACGUCGACUCGACACAUCGCCUGGCUGCUCUUCUCCGACUGCCUCCUCUUCCUCCCCGUCGCCUUCCUCUCGUUUUCCUCGUUGCUCCGCCUUCCCGUCGCCGAGCCCGAGGCGGCGAAGGCAGUGCUGCUUCUCGUGGCGCCGCUUCCGUCCUGCGUGAACCCGCUCCUCUACCUCCUCUUCAACCCGGCAGCCAGGCAGGAUUUGGCGGCACUGCUCAGACUCUGCAGAGGACCAGGAGGAAGGAGGGCGGCCAUGUUGGAGUCCACGUACGACGAAGAUGCGGAGAAACAGUCGUGCGACUCGACGCAGGCGCUGGUGGCGGUCGGAGGAACGAGGGAGGAAGAGGAGGAAACGGGAAGGAGCGACAAGCAUUCAGUGGCGUUUGUUGUUCCGCUUCAAUAGACUGAAACACACUCUCAGAGAAGCGGCCUUAGAUUCUUCUGGGUCAUUGGGAGGGCUUCUAUCGAUUCAACUACAGCCAAAGACUUCCUAUUGGACAACACACACACACACACACACACACACACACACACACACACACAGACUCACAGGACCGUGUUGUAGCAAAUGUAGCAGAGAACCAGUAAAGCUAAAGAAAUACAAUUAAGCAUUAAAAAUAGAAGGAUACUUAAAAAAAAUCCUAUUCCUUCAUGCCAGAUCACACACACACACACACACACACACACACACACACACACACACACACACACACACACACACACACAAACGCACUUAAUGAGCAGCUUUUAUUUUGAAAUAUGACACCAUUUACAGCAUUGUGUUACCAAAUGUUCUACCAAAUGCUGUCGAGCAUUAUGUCUGUCUGCCUGUGUGUGUGUGUGUGUGUGUGUGUGUGUGUGGGUCCGUCUACAGCUAAUGUGUUUUUGCGAGUGUAUGUGAAAACUGAAGUGUCUGUGUGAGUUUCGUCAGAGUCGACCCCCCCACAAACCCUAAACUGAAAAACAGGAAUCGGCUCGUGUUCAGCAAAAAACAUUAAACUCAGCUGUUCUUCAAAAUAAACAUUUUCUGUGAUAUUUAGAACGUUUGAACUUUAGUUUCAAGGACACUCUUCCAUUAAAAUACCAAAACAGGCCAUUAGUUGAACCUUUGCUCUUGCCACAGUCUGACAUCGCUAAUGAAUGGAGCGUGUAAAACGUCAAUAUCUGCAAAGUACUGUGGGAUUCAUGUCAGUUUGAAAUGUGUUUUUUGAAGAUGUACGAAUGAAGGCCGAUAAAUGUGAGCAACACUUAUUUUUUCGCUAAUUAUUUUUACGAAAACUGUGACAACUGUCCGGACAAAAGUAACUUAGGUAAAUAACAUAAUGUCCAUAUGAACCCAAAUCGUAAUCUUUUACUAAAGCUAAACAACUAGUUUUGUUUAAAAAAGCAACGCAAACACGUUUUUACAACCGCUACCAUGAGUCUGAAUGUUGAUUGAAUUUAAGGAACAAAAAUACUUCGAUUAACCCAAACUGCUAUCUCUUACUAAAGCAAGUAGUUGGGUUUGAAUUUACAACGUUAACCACGCGUUUAAAACUGUGACCGUCCUUUUCUGAGGAGUUUGGAAGGAGAAACAGGCGUCAAAUAAAACGUAAAAAGCUUAAAAAUCGUCAAAAUAAGCAAAAAAUGUCGUGUUUUUUUUGUUGAUAAGGAAAACAACGAUCUAAGCUGUCUCAUCCCCCGUUGUGAUUCGCCAAGAUACAUUUAUGUUAGCGGUACAUUUGAAAUGAGACGUUUCCUAGAUACUUGUACUACGUAGCUGCAAGCUAAUGUCGGUUUUGACCGUUCAUGCAGCUAAACACACUGUGAUGCACAGUUUUGAUGACCAAAAAUCUAGUAAACAUUCACAAAACUUUUACUAGAAAGAAAAAGAGUGUGUGUGUGUGUGUGUGUGUGUGUGUGUGUGUGUGUGUGUGUGUGUGUGUGUGUGUGUGUGUGUGUGUGUGUGUGUGUGUGUGUGUGUGUGUCUACAUGUUGUAAAUACGAGCUACUGUGACAAUCCUAUUUUCCUAUCGUGUCGACUGAGGACGUCCUUAUUUGACGCGUUCAAAUGUCUCGUUUUCACAUUAAAUCCAGAUACAUUUUAUUUUAUUACACUGGUAACAUAAAUGCUGGAUGGAGAAAACGUCUUGACCUCGGUCCAGAAGGUUACUGGUUUUAUUUUGUCUUGAAUGCUUUUUUUGGGGCGUUUACACUUUUGAAAUAUUAGCUAGCUUUCGGGUCCGCAUGGAGUGCCUCGCUGUAAAUGUUUUGUAAGAUUGUGAUGAAGCCCAGAAAUGUUUAUUAAUUGUUGUCUUGUCACAAAAUGCAAACAUGUCAACGUUUUAAUACGCAUGAGUGUGAAGAUUUGGAAAAUUCCACUUACUAGCUAGCUUUCAGUCGUUGUUUGCUUCAUUUUUGCGCAGUUAUGUUACUUAAUUUAAAAUACGACUACGGUAUAUAUGCUAAAAAUCAUGCUAACCGAGCUAGCUGUACUCAAUGAGAAACAUGGUUGAAAGCUGCUGAAAGAGGUGAAUGAUCGCACAAUGAGAGCUGCGAUGUUUGCUUUAAUUUCCCUUAAGGUUGGACAACAAAAAACCAUAUGAAUUUGUAAUCGUGAAAACACGUUAACUUUGCCAGAUGGGAAUUUAAACUGUUAACGUGUCAUUCUACGAAACCGGUGUUUAUCGUACACAUUAUUGCAUUUUUAUGGGCAUACAGAGGAAAAAAGAUCGUACACGUAUGCUAGUUAUCGUACAUCUGCCAACGCUGGUCGACAGCUAUAAAAAAACCUGUUUUUUAGAAGCAUGUCUUUCUGAAUGUGCGCUGCGUGUGUGUCGAUUUAAGUAGGGGCCCUUUUUUCAUUUUCAGCACUUAAAAAUGUGAAAAUCAAUAAUCGUCUGUUUUCUGUGUUGAGUAUUUUUAGUGUGUAUAAGUAAAGAGUGGAAGGUUUAGUUUGUGACGUUUAUAUAAAUAUAUAUUAAAAACCA